AUGUCCCAGUUACGUUCUGAUGGUGCAGUAGAACGUGGAACAGCCACAUCCCAGAACAUUUCAGUGCUGGAGUCUCUGGGUGAAAUGAACUUGGAAACAAAUUGGACAAAUGAAUCCAAAGCUAUCGCAGACUUCUUCGAUUAUCAACACGUCCAGGUUCCCUUUGAGAUUACAUUGUGGAUCAUGUUGGCUUCCUUGGCCAAAAUAGGUUUCCAUCUGUUUGAAAAACUACCAUCAGUAGUCCCUGAAAGCUGCCUAUUGAUCUUUGUUGGCCUCAUCAUGGGAGGCAUUAUCUUUUGCUUAAAUGACCAGUCACCUCCAGUCAUGGAUAGUGACAUCUUCUUCCUCUAUCUCCUGCCACCCAUUGUCCUGGAUGCAGGCUAUUUCAUGCCAAGUCGCCCAUUUUUUGAGAAUAUUGGAACAAUCCUCUUGUAUGCUGUGGUGGGAACAAUCUGGAACGUCUUUGGCAUCGGAUUCUCCCUUUAUGGGAUAUGUCAAGUGGAUGCCUUCCAGCUGGAUGAUAUCUCCUUACUUCAUAAUCUCUUAUUCAGUAGCUUGAUUGCAGCUGUUGACCCAGUUGCUGUUCUCUCAGUCUUUGAGGAGAUCCAUGUCAACGAAAAGCUUCAUAUUUUGGUAUUUGGAGAAUCUCUCCUCAAUGAUGCUGUGACAGUUGUGCUUUACAAGCUGUUCCGAUCCUUCUGUGAAAGACCAUCAGUCAGAACUGCAGAUGUGUUUGUGGGCAUCGGGAAGUUUUUUCUGGUUGGCAUUGGUGGGCUCCUGGUUGGCCUUCUAUAUGCUGUGACUGCAGCCUUCACCACUCGCUUUACCCAAAAUACCUUGGUGAUUGAACCUCUUUUCGUCUUCCUCUACAGUUACUUAUCCUAUCUCACUGCAGAAAUGUUCCAUCUCUCUGGCAUUGUGGCAAUCAUUUCUUGUGCCUUGGGCAUGAAGCGUUAUGUGGAAGCCAACAUCUCCCUCAAGUCCCACACAACUAUCAAAUACUUCAUGAAGAUGUGGAGCAGUGUGAGCGACACCCUCAUCUUUAUCUUCCUUGGUGUCUCCACCAUUGGGGACAAUCAUGAGUGGAGCUGGCCAUACAUUUGCUUCACGCUCGUUUUCUGUCUCCUUUGGAGAGCGCUGGGUGUUUUGGUCCUGACCUUCAUCAUCAACAGGUUACACAUCAACACUGUAACACCCAAGGACCAGUUCAUUAUUGCAUAUGGUGGCCUCAGAGGGGCCAUCUGUUUCUCCCUGGUGUUUUUGCUCCCUGACUUCCAGAGGAAGAAGCUCUUCAUUGCAGCAACCACAGCUGUCAUCCUCUUCACUGUCUUUGUGCAGGGGAUGACCAUCCGCCCCCUUGUUGACUUGCUACAUGUCACUCGGAAACAAGAAAGUGGUCCCACUGUGGGAGAACAAAUUCAUAUCCGGUUCCUGGAUCAUUUGUUGGCUGGCAUUGAAGAUAUAUCAGGACACUGGGGACAGUAUUAUUGGAAAGACAAAUUAGAAUAUUUCAACAGCAAAUACAUGCAGAAAUUUUUGCUCCGGGAAUAUGUGCAGCCCAAGUCAAGCAUUGUACUCCUGUAUGAGAAACUGGAGAGGAAGCGUGCUGUGGAGUUAGCUGAAGCAGGUCAGCUCUCAUGGAGACCACCCCGUAAGGCACUGCUCAACAGUGACAAUUCUGCCACCAUAACUGAUGACACAGAGAGUCUCAGUCAAGAAGAGGUGGAUGAUAUCCAGAAGAUAUUGGAAAAGAACCUGUACAAAACAAGGAGAAUGGUGUCGGCAUAUAAUCGAUACACACUUCCUUGGGAAACGGAACCAGCGGAACAAGUCAAAGAGAUCAUGAUCCUCAGGCACAAAAGUUUGCAAAUCUGCAUGAACAGAAGUGACUUCGACUAUCUCAGGAAGGAGGAAGAUGAUUCAUAUUCAUCAGAUGGUGGAACUGAUCCCAAAUUCAAGCUGAACAGGUCCCUUACUGCCAAACAUUCCAGAAAAGUAUCAUCAUUGAAAUCUGGUCGCUCGAAGUCGACUGGUUUUAUUCCACCUGUGUGGUCAGAUGCCAUUCAGCAUGUGGAAGGAGAAACUGACCAAGCAGUGAUUUCUGAGGAGAAGUAG